AGAAAUGAGAAACCGCGUGUGUCGGUGUGUAAAAUCUAUGUCAUGCAAGUUGUGUUUAUUUUAUGUACAUCUGAAAAUCGGUAAAUAAAACCCUUUUCAUUCAUCAAAAUGGACAAUAAAAAUGCAGACAGUGACACCCCACAAAUACAAAUUCGUUUUGUAACCAAACAGCAACAAUAUGCAGUCCCAGAUUAUCCUUUAUCAGUACCUGCAACAGUGAUUAUAUCAGAGUUGAAUGUUCUUGUAAAUGAACUUCUAAAGGAAUCUGGCACUGUAAGUCAAGAGGUAGAAUUUGACUUUCUUGUAUGUUCUGAGUUUCUUCGCACCUCUUUGGCGGAGCAUAUUGCAGAAAGGGGUGUCUCUAUUGAAGAUGUAAUAGAUGUUGAAUAUAUUGAGAAACAUCCUCCUCCAGAACCUCAAGACUGCCUUAUACAUGAUGACUGGGUUUCUGCAGUUGCAGUAUGUGAAAAAUGGAUUCUGACUGGAUGCUACGACAAUACUCUUCAUUUAUGGACAGCUAAAGGAAAGCAUCACUUGACCAUUCCUGGACACUCAUCACCUAUUAAAGCAGUAGCAUGGAUAUCAUUAGAUGGUGAAAAUGGAACUUUUGUCAGUGCCUCCCAAGAUCAGACUGCAGUAUUAUGGAAGUGGAAUGUCGAAAGCAAUUCAGUAGAGAGCAUUCAUAUAUGCAAAGGACAUGAACGAGGACUUGAAGCUGUUGGUGUAAAUACAGCAAAUAAUUUGAUGGCAACUGGUUCUUGGGAUACUAUGUUAAAAAUUUGGUCAACUUCUUUACAAGAUGAUACAGAAGAAGGAGAAUCUGCCUCAAAAAGAAAAAAGACUGAAAGUAAAACAAGAGUACCAUUAAGAACUAUGAAAGGUCACAAGGAAGCUGUUAGCGGUGUUGUAUGGACUGAUAAGACAGAAAUCGUUACCUCUUCUUGGGAUCAUACGUUAAAAGUGUGGGAUACUGAACUAGGAGGAAUCAAGCAUGAAUUAGCUGGAAACAAAAGUUUCUUUGAUGUUGAUUAUUCUCCUUUAUCAAAAGUUCUAAUAGCAGCAUCAGCAGACAAACAUGUUAGAUUGUAUGAUCCUCGAUCAACAGAGGGUGCUGUGUGUAAAUCAAUGUUCACCUCGCAUACACAAUGGGUGCAAUCAGUACGCUGGUCAACGACUCAAGAUCAUCUUUUCAUGUCUGGUGCAUAUGACAAUAAUGUAAAAUUGUGGGACACGCGAAGUCCCAAAGCUCCGCUGUUUGACCUCACUGGACAUGAAGACAAAGUCCUAAGUUGCAACUGGUCAAACCCAAAAUACUUGGUGUCUGGUGGAGCCGACAAUACAGUGAGGAUUUUCAAAUCGAAAUAUGCUGUUAAAUAACUGUACAAAUAAAUUUUUAUAAUGUUUAUAUGUGAAAAAACAUAAUAAUAUAUUAGAUACAUUUUUUUGUAUAAAGAGCUAUUGAAGUAAUAAUAACGUGUAUGCAUAAGGCCGUAAAAUUUCUUACAUAAAGAAAAAAAAACUCGUA